ACCGGGUGCUACUCUCACUGCCAAUCACUCAUCCCCACACUCUCUCUGAAAGCCUUCCCCAAUUUUCCAUUUCUUAUUUCGUUCGUCUCCUGAAUACAAAAAUUCUAGAGAGAGAGAGAAGAGAGAGAGGGAGUGAGAAAUCUCUGAUCUGCAAAGCAAAGGGGCCGACCUGAGAACAAAAACCAAAACCCUAGCGGUCAAAAAAACCAUGUGGAGAAGACUCUCAUCGCAGCUCCGAACCCUCGCCCCAUGGCGAUCUCCUUCCAAGCUCAAUCGCUUCGCCACCGGCAACCUCUCUUCUUCUCCGCCGCCGUAUCGGCCGGCCGUUGCUUUCUUCUCUCGCCACUUCGCCUCUGCUUCCGAUAAUGUUGGUUCAAAGAAGAGAGUUGAAGAUGUGAUGCCUAUUGCCACGGGACAUGAGCGUGAGGAGCUUGAAGCUGAGCUUCAAGGACGGAAAGUUCUAGAGAUCGACCAUCCAGAGGGUCCUUUCGGUACAAAGGAAUCCCCUGCAGUCAUCAAGUCCUACUACGACAAAAGAAUUGUUGGAUGCCCUGGAGGUGAAGGGGAAGAUGAGCAUGAUGUUGUUUGGUUCUGGCUAGAGAAAGGCAAGCCACAUGAAUGUCCAGUGUGCACACAGUACUUUGUGUUGGAAGUGGUGGGCCCUGGAGGACCUCCGGAUGGACACGGUGAUGAUGAGCAUCACUGAUUGCCAAUUGCAGGUGUUUCUGCCGGAAUGAAAUCUGGUGAGACAUUGAAGUGUUAAGUAUAUUCUGCAGCUUCAGUAUUCAUAGGCUUUGUGUUUUGUUUGCUUUUUGACGAGUCCGUAGUUUUUAUGGUUGUUGCCUUGGCAACAUUCAAUCUGAUUUUUUUUCUUCCCUCUUUUCGAUGUUAGACACAUGGGGUGGUCAUCCAUUGGAAUUAUGGAUUCUAACAGUUUUCUUCUGCAAUGCAAUACAAAUAAUUGAUGGCUGCACUUGAAUUAUUUUGUAUUAUCGUCAUUUACCAAAUUAGGUGAAUGGCGUUCACCAUGGACCUAUUUUUUUGCAUGGGACUUGAAUGUAACCCAUGGACGAGGGGUUCAACAGGGAUUCCUUCA